UGUCAUAUGCAUAUUGUUUUGAUUCGCGUUUGUAAAUACACAAAUUUAAUAGUGUUUCUUGUUAACUGGAGAUCUAGCUCACAAAUCAACAUGACGGAGUUCUGGAAAUCGAACGAGCGCAAGUUCUGCGACUUUUGCAAAUGCUGGCUGAGCGACAACAAGGCGAGCGUCGCCUUCCACGAAAGUGGCAAGCGCCACAAACUGAAUGUGGCCAAGAGGAUAACAGACAUCAGCCGGAGCAGCGUGAAAUCGGAAAGGGAGCGCCAGAAAAUGGACGCGGAAAUACGGAAAAUGGAGGAGGCAGCCAUGAAGUCUUAUGCCCAGGAUGUCCAUUCCCGUGGGGACAUGACCGCAAGGUCUAUUAACACUGUCUUGAGGGCAACCGCCUCCUCCAGCUCCUCUGGAAGUGGGGCCCACUCCUCUGGAAGAUCCCGCCAAGUAGAUCCAAUGCGACUCGAAGGGCUCUCCGAUGAAGAGGAGGACAACCGGCGGGUGGCUCCUGGCAAAGUGGCAGCCGAGGCAGCCGUUCCCGACGCCUCCCUUUGGGUGGAGGGCAAAUCGGAUGAGGGACACACCUAUUACUGGAACGUUAAGACCAACGAAUCCGUUUGGAAACCUCCCAAGGAGGGGUACCUGUCCUACGAAGAGUACGAGCGGAUCAACCAACUGGCCAUUGAUCAGCAGGAGAUCUCACAGGCCCAGGAAUCGCUCAAAUUUCGAGCCAACGCCGAUGAGGAAGUGGCGCGGGUGAAUCGGGAAAAGAUGAAGGCCUUCCGGAAACCCGACAAUCCCAAGGAGAAAAAGCAAAGGGAAGAGAAGCGUCAGGCGUUCAAAACGGAGGAAGAGGCGGCCACCAAGGAGAUUGGCCAGUGGCAAACUGUGGUGACCAAAGCACCUGAGGAGCCCAUCGACUGGCAGUUGCCCCAAACGGAUUACUACACUGCCGCUCCCGUGAUUUCGGCUCCCAGUGAACCUGAACCUCCAGCCAAGCGAUUCAAGGAGAAGACCAUUGGCGGUCUGGAUCUUGAGACAGCCGCUAGUGCACCUGCCACGUUCAAAAAGAAGUUUAUCAAAAAGGGAAAUAGCCGCCAACGCACGGAGGAUUAGACGCGGUUUAACGCCACCACAUCGGG